AUGGCCUCUCCGUCGGAGAAGCGAAGCGCCUUGCAGUUCCUAUGGGCCGCAGCGAUAGUUACCUUCCUCAUAGGCGUAGCACCUGCGGCUCGCAGGCGCCUCCGCCAGACCGUUGUUGAGGAAAAUGCCCCCAUUGCAACGCCCACUCAAGGGAGCCCGCACGGCUGGUGGAUGGCGCUGCAGCAGCAGACAGUUGCUGCAGAUGCCACGCGAGAAGUGAGUAGCGAAUAUGUUACACGGCUCCCCCUGAUGCAGCAGGCUCUCUGUGAGCGUUUUUCCCUCCUCUGCCUCGAUAGCAACACCAGCGACAACGACAGCAGCAGCAGUGACCGCACAGAAGACGGAAGCCUGAGAGAGAGGGUUCGGGGGCUGGGGCUUAAAGAAAUGACGGACUUUGCCCUGGCAGCGCCUUUCCUCCUGACUUCAAAGUGGACCGCCUUCACGGAGAUGGUGUUACAGCUGGGGAUCAUUCGAGACAAGUCCCUCACAAGAUUUUCUGCGCUGCAGCAACGACUCGCCCCAUUCUUCCCCACAGAAAACUCAGCAACAGCAGCAGAAUCAGCAGAAGCAGAGCCGGCACCAGCACCUGAGCGGAAAAGAGUCUCUCCCCCUCCGUCACCAUCGGGCUCGCCUAGAACUCCCAGCAGACAGUUGAGCAGAAGGGGGAGGAAGCAACCGGCUCAUGAAUCAGCAGAUCUUCCACCAUUGCCCCCGCCGCGGGAAUAUUCAGGGCGAACAGCACUAGCAGCAGACGCUGCAGCAGCAACAGCGGCGGCAGCAGCAGCCGAAGGGACUGCUGAUGGCGUAGAUAUGGAGUUCGUCAGGCUCACCUGGACAGAGCUGCAGGACCUGGCUGAGGAAGAGCGCCAGUUGGCCUCCACAUAUCUGGCCCUCGCAGCCGAGCAGAAUCUCUUCAACUCCAUCCCAGAUGACUCUCUGUGGGAAGCGCUGCUGCAGCAGGUGGUCAAUAAAGCAGCAGCAGCAGCAGCUGCAGCGAAGAGCGGUUUAAUGGCGACUUUUCCGGACCUCUACCACGAAGGAACAGAAGGAUAUCAAGUUGCGUUUGCUGCACUUGCUGCAGCUGACGAGCGCAUUCGGCUGCUGUUGCUGCAGCAGCAGGACACAUACGCAGGCAGCCAGCCAGUCUUGUUUUUCAUAAGAGGGAUCCUCAUCUCUCUCUGUGAGCCUGGGCGCCAAGAAAUGGGCCGGAGGCGAAAGCAGCUGCAGCAGCGGCUGCAGCAGCAGCUGCAGCAGCUGCAGCAACGGCUGCAGCCGCUCCAGACUUACCUUGACAGUUCAGUAGGCGGCAGCAUGUGCGCCAACCUUGGCCACAUUGGCUUGCCGCACCAACUGCAGAAGCGUCAGUAG